AGAGAACUUGCUCUAUUUCAAGAUUACCACGGCCUUCCCGCUUUCAAAAAUGCAUUGGUUCAAUUCAUGGCUGAAAUUAGAGGGAACAAAGUCACCUUUGAUUCAAACAAGCUUGUCCUCACCGCCGGCGCAACUUCCGCAAAUGAGACGCUCAUGUUUUGCCUCGCCGACCGCGGCGAUGCUUUUCUCCUUCCCACCCCAUACUAUCCUGGAUUUGAUAGAGAUCUCAAAUGGAGAACUGGGGCUGAGAUAGUGCCAAUACAAUGUACAAGUUCAAAUGGCUUCAGAAUUACAGAAUCAGCUCUAGAAGAAGCAUACAAAGAAGCCAAAAGUCGUAACCUUAGAGUAAAAGGAGUACUAGUAACGAACCCCUCGAACCCAUUGGGCACAACAUUAACACGAAAUGAACUCGAAUUACUUCUCAGCUUCGUCGAUACAAAAGGUAUCCAUCUCAUUAGUGACGAAAUCUAUUCAGGAACAGUUUUUUACUCGCCGAAUUUCGUUAGUGUUAUGGAAGUAUUAAUCGAAAAGAACUACAUGUACACUGAUGUUUGGGAUCGAGUUCACAUUGUCUAUAGUCUUUCCAAAGAUCUUGGCCUUCCCGGUUUUCGUGUUGGUGCAAUUUACUCCAACGAUGACGUUGUUGUAUCUGCAGCUACUAAAAUGUCCAGUUUCGGGUUAAUUUCCUCACAAACUCAGUACCUUUUAUCAGCCAUGUUAUCUGACAAGAAAUUCACGAACAAAUACAUAUCUGAAAAUCAAAAGAGACUCAAGAAACGCCAUGCAAUGAUGGUACGAGGUCUUCAAAGUGCAGGAAUUAGUUGCCUUGAGAGCAAUGCUGGUUUAUUUUGUUGGGUAGAUAUGAGACAUUUACUAAGUUCCAAUACUUUUGAGGCAGAAAUUGAGCUAUGGAAAAAAAUAGUUUAUGAAGUUGGACUCAAUAUUUCGCCUGGAUCGUCAUGCCAUUGUACAGAACCAGGGUGGUUUCGUGCAUGUUUCGCUAACAUGUCAGAAGAUACGUUGAAUCUUGCAAUUCAACGUAUCAAAAAUUUUGUUAACUCCUCUGCUAUCAGUACCGAUGCUCAUAGUAAUCAGACUAACCAGAAUACGAGUACAAAUACAAAGAAGAAGUUAUUCUCCAAGUGGGGUUUUCGACUAUCGUUUAAUGACAGAGAACGAUAGUUCAGUGUGAACAUUCCUUUGUCCGGAUUAAUUUUUUUUAACUCAUCAAUAUUUUAGAUGUUGAGUUUCCCAAAAUCCUUUUGUUUUUCUUUUUGUAUCAAAAUUCUUUUUGUUUUUUGUAUUUUUAGUGUAUAGAGGAAGCACUCGGUCCAUGUGAUGGACGUGAAGUGGUUUAUCAUUAUUUGUAUACAUCUUGAAUAUUGAAUACAUAUAUGUGUGUGAAUCUUCUUGAAU